AUGCUUCGAAAGGCACCCCGCCUUGCGCCUGAAGGUGUACCAAUAUCGGAGGCGAAGACCAAGGAGUACUAUCUACAACUGGCCGUCUCGGCUCUCAAAGAUGCUUCACGAAUCAAUCCUUCUUUUCCGCCCUUGUUUCUUGCACGCGGCGCUCUAUACUUAUUGAGAGCAUCCCUGCAGUCAUCUUCGAAAGCGACAGCAGCUACCGGGUCAUCCGUAGAAGGAUCCAUCGACUCAGAGAAAGCCGACCUUCUGUAG